GAUAACCUUAACUACAUCACCCCACAACUAAACCAAGUGGAAGAUUCGUGUCUCAACACUCACUCUAGUUCAAUCUCACUUGAAUCAUUAAAAGCCAAGAAAAACAAAGGGCAGAUUGAGAUGAAAGAGAGGGAGUUAGAUUAUAUUCUAGUGCCUUCAGGUGUGGUGGUGUUGUGUGUGUAUCAUGUGUGGCUUCUUUUCACUAUUAAGCGACGCCCCACAAGAACUGUGAUUGGGAUCAAUGCUCAGAGCCGCCAUCAAUGGGUUUUCUGCAUGAUGGCUGAUCCAGUGAAAAAUGGCGUUUUGGCAGUUCAAACAAUUCGUAACAACAUAAUGGCAUCAACCCUUCUGGCAACAGCAGCUAUCACUCUCAGCUCAUUAAUCAGUGUUUAUGUUAGCAGCUCAUCAGACACUGCCAGUCGAUCGUCAGAACUCAUUUUUGGCAAUAAAACCCGAAUUAUGUCUUCAGUCAAGUACUUUACUAUCUUGCUCUGCUUUCUUGUUGCAUUUCUUUGUAAUGUGCAGUGCAUUAGGUAUUAUGCUCAUGUAAGCUUCUUGGUCACCCUCCCUAGUUCUAAAGAUAGUACAGAGUCAAUCGAAUAUGUAGCGAGAAAUUUAAACCGAGGGAGCUUAUUCUGGUCACUUGGCUUGCGAGCCUUUUACUUCUCAUUCCCUCUCUUCCUUUGGAUAUUUGGACCAAUACCAAUGUUUCUUUGUUGCUGGAUCAUGUCAUUCGUGCUCUAUUUCUUGGAUACAACUACUAGUUUCACAAGGAAGCUUCACAAGCAUUCCAUUAGAGAGCAUAAAGAAGCCGAGGAUGUGGAAUCAGGUUAUCAGACAUCGUAAAGUGAACUAUAAUCAUGAAAUAAAUUGUAUAUGUUGGUGGCAGUUAUACUGAUAAGUGAUAACUAAGCAGCCUGCUGCAAUAUCGUAGAGCAAAAGAACCUGAAACAUGAACCAUCUGUGAUCUGACUUUCAUUCGAUAUCAGAAGGGUGUAUAAAAGGAUGUUCAGUCUUAGGGAGAUUGUUAAACUUUACAUACUCGGACAUCAGCAUUUCUCUCUUGUAAGGAGUUGCUUAAUUUGAUCCCGGGAUGCUGGCUGUUGUUUCUCUGGUUGCCGACUGCAAGUGCUGUCAUGAGUAGUUUAGUUCCGGGUACGACACUGAUGUUUCUGUUCGUGAUACAGCUUCUGCUACUUGGUGAUAAAUAAUUCUACUUGGUGAUACUAAUAUUCCUGGUAUCCUCGAAUUUUAAACAUCUAUAUAUUUAUCUAUUUACUUUUUUGGUUUUUUUAA